UGCGCUACAUGUAGCUUCCGGUUUCGGCCGGAGCGGCUGAGCGUGUCUGGAUUCACUCUGAUCUGCUGCAGCGGUUCGUUUGUGAGUGACUUUACACACUCAAUAAAUCUGUUCAAACCGGCGUUAAUUCGCAUUAUUUCCACUUCCCUGCUUCAUUUAACAUCAGGAGACUACAUUCAAAGCUGUACGGGCGUCCUGAGUGUGACCCGAGCAGGAGGAGAAUGCUCUGCAGCCCAUGAUGGGCGGCAGUGGGUCUAAAGGUAAAGGCUACUGGCCGUUCUCAGAUUCAGGUGGCGGAGAUGAACCUGCUAAAGACGGCCAAGAGCAGAGCCUGGCCCGGGUGCGGAGCAUCCGAAACGCCACGCCUUUCGUGUUUACCAGGAGGAGCUCUUUGUACUUCGAUGAGGAUGGAGACCUGGCCCACGAGUUUUACGAAGAAACAGUAGUAACGAAAAAUGGCCGCAAGAAAUCCAAACUAAAACGAAUCCACAAGAAUCUCAUACCUCAGGGAAUCAUCAAGUUGGAUCACCCUUGUAUCCACGUCGAUUUUCCAGUCGUCAUCUGUGAAGUUUGAUGCUGUUGGUGACCUCCUGUGAAGAAUCCGUCCCCCUUCAUUUUCCUCCCGCCCGCUGGAUCCCGGACACGCUUGCUGUGUAGCGCCCCCUUGUGUUUGGGAGGGCUUGACGCGUGUAUGUGGAAUCCCAGCAAAUGAGCCGCGAGAUGCUCCGGCUGUGUGACUGAGAAGAGGCUGUGGCCUGACAAUGAUGUCCUGACUCUUUUUGUUUUCUCAUAAUCCUCCACAUGAAGACUAUUA